GAGUUGGCAACACUGAUACUGACACCUAACCUUUAACAGUUUCUUUAAAAAUCAUUUUUUUAUGUUGUUUUGUGAUUUGGUACAAAAUCAACAACUUUCAUUAAUUAGAGUUAAUUAAUAUGACGACAAAAGUCAUAAAAUAUGUUGGAAGAACAACACACUUCAAAGGUAAAACUCUGUGGGAAAUAGUUGGAAGCUUGAAGAAUUUAGGUAUUGGCAGAUUGAUAGUACGUUCAGUGUUUGAGCGAUAUCCAGAACCUAGUUUUAUGAAAAUUGUGAAAGUGGAAACAUGUCCGGAUGAAGAAAGGCGAAGAGUUCGAGUCUGGGUUGAAAAGACUUUUAGAGGCAAGAAAUUACCAAAUGUUACUGAAAUAUACCGAACAUCAUACAAACCCGACUAUAGACUUAUCCCUAAAAAUGAGGAAUCCAAGCUUCUGGCUUCAGUUACAGAAGAACAUUCUUUCUCUGAAGUAGUCUUACCUAGAACAAUUGAAAUGCCACCAUUGAUGAAAAAGUUUAUUGUUAAAGAUCAUGAAAAGAAAGGUUUAGAGGUUAUGAAAGAAUUGGUAAUGCCAAUCAGUUACAACCAAAGCCCGAAUAGAGUGAAUAGAGUUGCCCAACCUGGUGAGCAGCCGACUGUUGAGUUCACAAUGGGUUUAGGCAAGCCUGCAAGUCCAUCCCUUUAUGAGGGAGUACCUCUCAAGUAAAAUAACAAGUAUUCGGUAGUUUUUGUUUAUAUAAUUAGUGUGGCUUUGUAAUUAGAAGGUAACAAUAAUAAUAAAAAAGAA